CUCCAGUCAAACUAUUUUGCGGUCGUUGUACAUGUUACAUUAAGAUAAAAAAAAAUGUGAACGGGUCGUCUCGUCUCAGCACUGUAACCCACAAAUGCGUGUGCGUGCUUGUGUGUGUGCGCGCAUGGUGGGGAACGGCGAGAAAAGAUGGCGGCGCUGAAAGAGGAGCAGUGCUACGGGCUGUCCUGUGGAAGAGUGAGCAACGGCAGCAAUGUCUCCGUCUUUCACGUCAAACUCACUGACAGCUCGCUGAGGGCCUUUGAAGGCUACCAGAGUGGCAAGGUCCUAUCAUCACAACCAUUGAUCACGUUUAAUGGAAACCAAGGGAAAAUUUCAAUACCACGGUCUGAAAAUUCCAAUGAGCUACACACGUUUACUUUCUACCUGUCAAAUGUGGGCAGAGACAACCCACAGGGCAGCUUCGACUGCAUCCAGCAGUAUGUCACCAGCGAGGGUAGCAUUCAUCUGGAUUGUUUGGGUGCAAUCCAGGACAAGAUUACCGUAUGUGCCACGGACGACUCCUACCAGAAGGCAAGGGAGAGCAUGGCCCAGGUUGAAGAGGAGACACGCAGCAGGGGCGCAAUUGUCAUCAAGCCCGGUGGCAGAUACGUUGGGAAAAGAGUUCAGAUCCGGAAACCGGUAUCUGCCCUGUCCGACGUGGCCCCCUCGCGGCGAACGUCCCGACCUGUCAUCAUCUCCAGCAGUGCAGUGAAGAAAGCAAGUGCUCAGCACCGACCGCUCCGAGAGCGCCUAGUGCACCUGCUGGCUCUCAAGCCUUACAAGAAGCCUGAACUGCUCCUGAGGUUGCAGAAGGAUGGCCUCUUGCAGUCAGACAAGGACUCCCUGGAUGGCCACCUGCAACAGGUAGCAAAUCUGAAUGGGAAGGAUAACACGCUUACACUGAAAGACUUUUUAUAUAAGGAAAUUCAUAAAGACUGGCCUGGAUACACGGAAGGAGACCAGCAACUUCUCAAGAGAAUCUUGUUGAGGAAACAGUGCCAGGCUCAGAACAACACUGCUCCUCCAGCACAAAGCCCGCCCAAGGAGUUGGCUAACAGCUUGCCAUCUCAGAAACGUCCUGCUGCAGACUUCAUUGACCCUCUUGUCAAUAAGAAGCCGAGGAUAUCGCACCUUGCAAGCAAAGCUGCAUCCGCACCAAUCAACGGCAAGUUGUCCUCCUCCAAUGGGAAAGCAGAGACACAGGCGGCUCCUGUGGUGGAUGCCGCCUUGACGUCCAUCUCUCAGCCGCUCCCUGUAUUGGACAUCCCCCGUCCUUUCGAAGCGCUCUCGGACGUCAGCAACGAUUCGAGCCACAACGGGCGAGACUGCGAUGCCCAGGAAACUGCGUCGGAAAGGCUCAGUCAACCCCCUUUAGUGACAAGUACACCCGCCGCCGUCAGCACAUCCCCCACGCCGGCAACACGCGACAAGAGUCCGUCAGCCACCAGCAGCAAAAAAUCCAAGAAGAAGUCUAAGAAGCAUAAAGACAAGGAGAAGACGAGAAACAAGGAGAGAGUGAGAGACCAAGAGGAGGAAAAGGAGAGGAAAAGUGCUGAGGACAGAAUGCUUGAGCCUGACAGAACCUGUGACAUAAGCCCAGAAAACCUCAAAAGCAACAGUAUUCCACUCAAAAGCACAAAUCUGAAUGGGAUGUGCAACAACAGUACCAGUAUUUCCUUGUCAUCACCUGAGGUGACUGACUAUCUAUCGAAGUACAUGGUCAUCAGCUCUCCAGAGCAGCGUCAGAGGUAUAAAAAUGACUUCAACUCCGAGUACAGCGAGUACCGUGGUCUACACGCUCGGAUAGAGAGCAUCACCAAGCAUUUCACUGUGCUGGACAAUGAGCUUAAGAAGCUCCAACAAGGCACAGAAAAGUACAAGACAAUCCAUAAUCAGAUACUUCAAGAGUAUCAUAGAAUAAAAAAGCGUAAUCCCCACUAUAGCCAAGAGAAGAACCGCUGUGAAUAUCUACACAACAAACUGGCACAUAUCAAAAGACUCAUUGCCGAGUACGAUCAACAGCAACUCUGAAAGUGCAGUACUUGAUUUGAUUUUAUUUUUUUCAAUGAGGAUCUGUCCUCAUUUAGGCCAAAGGCUCAAACGAGAGGACUUAAACGAGGACAUGGGAUCUUUGUUGUCCUCUCUUUACUUUUCUUUUUGGGGGAAGAUACGAUGAUGCCGGGCCUCCUAGUGUGGUAUACGGACACAUCCAAGAAAGAGAAAAAAGAAGUGAAGCUGUUUUUCUCAGCCUACCAUUCUUAUAGUGAUGUGAAAGAAUCAGGGAUUUACACAAAAAACACUUUCUGGAGGAGGAGACGUCUGUCCUGCUUUUUGAGAAAAUGGAAGUUUUGAGUUAUAGGAAAAAUGAGAUAGCAGUCUUCUCCCAUUAUAUAUGGAGGUGAAUGUUUUUUUCUAUUUAUUUUCAGACCCUGAAAGUGUGGGGAAUAUCAGUACUUAAAGGCUGCCUCCCCUCCAUUUUGAAUGUCAGCCAGUAUUUUAUUCAGAAGCUGCCUUGCCUCGUCUCUGUCUAUUUUCUUCUUUUUCUUCUUCUCUCUUUAAAAAGCAGUGCUCCGAAAUGGUGAGCUUUGCUUGUUUUAUUCUAGAACAUGGGUGUCCACACUUUUUUCAGACUAAAACCAGUCCAAUGUAGUUAAUAAUACAUGCUAAAAAAAACACCAUAAUUGUAGCCGGAAGUGUUUAUUUUCACAACCGCAAAGACAACAAGAUGUUAAUUGUGAAACCUUAUACAUAGCAACUUAAUUGUUGAACCUUAAUAAUUUGGGGUGCAUGAGAAAGUUGAAAGGAAAAUAUUGGUUUUGGUCCUAUUUAUUAACAAGUCAAAUGUAGCUGCUGCCAUCUUGUGGCGUUAAUAAAGACUAAAUCCAUCCGUGGCACCAUGCACCCUGUUACUAUAGCAGUUAAUUGGAUAGAGGCUUUCUUGGAGCAUUUAUGCUAAAUACAUUUAAAAAUGCAAUAAUUCAAAAAAAAUUACUAGCCUUAGUUUUGUGACAAAUACUCCAUUUGCUAGUAUGGUGUCACUCCCGUCAAUAUUUUACUUAAUUUACGUUGCUCGUGCACUCGUGUAGCAUGUUCCAUUUAAUUUCUCAGAAUAAAAAAAAUGAAGGACCAGCCACAAAUGGACACCCCUGUUCCAGAGCAAAUCAGCUCAGACGGACACGCCUUCAUUCACUUCAAUACAUUGCAAGCUCCUCAAGGUUUUUCUUGAGGAGUUCUUCCUCUUACAAAGAUCUGGAGGUUGUCUCCAUGUCCGCACAUCAACCCCCUCCUGCUCGUCUAUAGAGGCGACUGCUAACAUGAAGCCAUCCUCGACAGUCUUUUGCUGCCCUGUUACCACUUUUGCCUUUUUUGUCCUCCUAACGUGAAGAUGAGGUCAAGCUCAGAGAAGCCGAAAAUGAGUCCAGUCCAUCAGCAUUAUGGAUAACUUGAUGUGAAUAUGACAAAUCAGCACUUUUAAUCCCCUUGCUGCUCACCGUGGAAGUCACUUAUGUAUUUUCUUUGUUGGUGCACAUGCUUUUUCCCUGGCUCCAUGAAUGAACAAUCCUCAGUUACCAAGCAAGCUUUCAUUUGCCGUCAUUGUGUGUGAAGAAGGUGGAAUUUAUCAUUAAGCCUCAUCAAGCAAACUCCCUCCUCCAAAUCCACUGUGAGUGAGCAUCAGUGACUAUUCCGCAGGAUGUAUCAAGUAAGUCAUUUGUGCCAAAAUUACCUGUUUGUAUAUAUAUUUUUUCCUUUCUCCUCAAUCUCUUCUUAUCCUCUCUUGAUGCUGAGCAAGCAAAAAGUAACAACAAAAGUAAGAGGACGACAGGAGGAUUUUGGAGGGUGAAGUCUCAUGGAUGAAAUGUUGGCGCUAAAUACCCAAAGCACGCUUUUUUUUUUCUUUUUUGAGAACCAUAAGGGACUGGAAAUCAUUUGUUUCAAUAAAAUUCUUUCAAAUCCUGAUUUCUCCUAUGACUAA